ACGAGACUCCAUCGAUUGAUUGUGUGAAUAAACUUCACAGUCUUCAAGAUGUCGGGGAAAUUCAAUGGAAAAUGAAAUGCACGAAACGUUUCUGUGGAAAAGUGGCCUUUAUCAUUGAUGUUACCAACUUUCUUCAAAGUGAUCACAGAAAAAGUAAAAAAAGCAGAUUUAAUCCUGAAUUCGACGUAAAAGGUUCCGCUGAAUCUCGAAGAUCACAGGAUGAACCCUUUCUACCAGCUGACAAAGAAUCAUUGCGACGUCUUGUGAGUGGGCUUGGUAGACGAAAGAACAGAGAGAAACUGAUGCAAUUGUUAGGUCAAUCAACAAUCACUUUUGAUUCUGGAAACCAGGAGCUACUUGUUGACGCUUUAUCGGACAUCCAACAGAGGGAUCGUACGUCAUUUUUGACAAACAUCAGCAUGUCUUUAGCUGAAAUGCAGAUGCCAUGUAACGAGGACAUAAGUUAUUUCUUCUUGAAUAUUGGCAACCCGGUGACACCCUCUUCGAUAAUUGAAUCGGACAAAAGAAAAUGCUUAGCAUUCCCUUAUGAAGACCAAGACGAGACCCAACCAAAAGAAAUCCUUUAUCAUAGGUCAGAUUCAGAUGUACACGCGAAAAGACGUCAUCCAGUUGAAAAUGCUGAUUUUGGAUUUCAAGAGGAGCACAAUUCAACAGCCGCCAAGACACGCAAUGGGACAUAUCUACCACCGAACACAUCUGGGGAUAUUUCGGAUCAAACAAUGACACUAUCAGGGCUCGGUGUAGGGGCUACAGUAGAAGGGGUGCAAUUGGGGCAGCCGUCAAGCGCUGCUGGUGAUGCAAUUGAAAUCGAUAAAUAUUUGUAAAAGUUGAUAUGACUAACCGUAUGCACACCAUUUCAACAAAUCAGUAUUUAUCAAAGUCAAGUUGGAACACUUGAACAUUCGUGCAUGAGUAUGUAAGCUCAAAGACAAAAACAAUGGAGGUAGUAAUUUUGAUAACAACAAUCGUAACGAUGUUGAGUUAGAGUUCUUUGCUUGUGUCUGACAUUGGAAUUGACCACUGUGACUGUAACGUUUUAAUGCGUGAUACUGAAACGUAGGGCCAUCUUCUACUUUAUGAAAUACUAGAUGGCUGCGAGAGGUAUCUUACCACUGAAAUUAAAAUUGCAUUAUCUAUUUUGUAAUAACAAACACAAUUCCAUCAUGUUUAUCUUUCUUAAAAAAAGUGUUUUCUAGCUGAUUGUGUAAUCAAAAUAUUAGAUAAAUUGUUAAUACUAAUCUACACUCUUUUUUAUUGAUUGAUCUUGUUUAGAUUUCAAAUAUAUUCAAAUAUUGCGGAUCUGUUUAACCUGAUGUUUGCUUAAUUACAUAUAUUUACUUUUAUUUCAACAUGAGAUCAUGUAGGGAUUUUUUUUAACUUAAAAUGUUUUGAAGCAGUUUGAAAUUGAAGUACAAUUAAAGUACGGGUUUAUUUUUUAAUCAAACUUUGAUUUCAAAUUACUUAACCUCAAAUUACGUAAAGUAAUUUAAAGGAUUCAUGAUCUAUUUUUAUGCGUUAAUGAAAUCUUGGAUUACUUGGCCCUGUAUUUGUUGAGACGAGGACGUAUCUAAUACUGAGAACGUAGUUGCUUCCCUUUUAUAAGAACACCUCGAACAUUUGCUAUGUACAUGAAUUGGUCCAUAUUCCCGUCAAAAUAUACAUCUGUCUUUUAGAGGUUUUGAAUCGACAUGGCAGCCAUCUUGAAAAACACAUUUUAAACCUCUUCUUCAGUUCAACUGUUGCCAUUAAGCUGAAGAUUAGUGAGGAUGUUAUUGUAAAAACUUUGACAGGGCAGCCACGGCGGCCAUUUUGUAACAUGAUUGCAAAAUCAUAGUUUUCCUGAACA